AUGAGUUCAAAUACUAUAUGUAUUGGUGUUACUGGUAGCACCGGUGUACUCGGUCGUGCUCUUUUCAAAAAUUGGUCUCAUGCCAAUCAAAACGUUGAAUUUGUUUCAUUCAAAGGUGAUAUUAAAAAUCAAUCCGAUGUCAAUGAUUGGCUUUGUAAUAUACCUAAAAUCAAUGGUCUUUUACAUUUCGCUGCGAUGGUUCCAACUAGUGACGUCGACAAAGAUCCAUUGAAAGCAUUUCAUGUCAAUACUCUUGGAACUUUAAAUAUUUUAGAAGCUUGCCGUUUAAACUUUACGAAAGAAACAUGUCCAUGGAUCUUUAUUGCGUCGACUUCACAUGUCUAUGCAUCGACUUCACAGAAACAAUUUGUAACGGAAACAUCUCCACUAAAUCCCGUUUCUACUUAUGGUGUAACGAAAGCACAAGGCGAUCAAUGGGCUGAAGUUUAUCGAAGUAAAUAUAAUUUGCCGAUAUGUACCGGUCGUAUAUUUAGCUAUAGUGAUCCCAAUCAAGCAGCAAGUUUCUUUAUACCUUCGCUUAUUGCAAAAAUCAAGGAUGCACCUGCAGAUGCUCGACUUGAAAUUCGUGGUUUAGAUGGUACUAGAGACUUUAUUACCGUUCAGCAGAUUAUUGAAACCAUUCAAUUGCUUUUUCUUCAAAAAGCGAUCGGCAUUUUUAAUAUUGGUACUGGUACAGCAGUGAGCCUUUUUGAUAUUGCUCAAUCUGUUAGGGAAAAACUCGGUCGCUCCGAUGUAACAAUCAUUUCUACAGGUACUGACACUCAUCAUCUUGCCGCUAAUAUUCAAAAACUAAAUGAUAUUGGACUUCAUCCUACAUUUAAUAUCAAUACUUUAUUAGAUUCAUUUUUCAUAGAUAAUCAAACUUCGUCAAUAUCAUCAACAAACAAGACGGUGAUUAAUUAA